AUGUUGUUUCCAACCUUAUUCCAACUCGCCGCCAAAUCAGUUGCUAAACAAAUUCAUAAUGAGGAAAUUCCACUUGACUUCAAUUUGGGUUCAACAGCCAGCAAUGAAGUAGUGAGACAGCUUUUAAAAUUGGAUCCGAAAAACAUUGAAAAAUUAAAAACCCAUAAAAAACAGCUAUCAAGGUUGAAAGAAUUGGAUUUAAGUCAGUGCAAAAUUGAUGUAGAAGGAAUUUUGAAUUUGAAAGACUUCAAAUUGAAUUCACUGGAAUUCGGUGACUUGUACCAUUUGAAAGCGGAAUUUCCGCACCCAACGAAUCCUCACCAAAUCGACAUUGUGAGUUUAUUGGAGAGAGCAGUGGAUACUGAUUCACGAGAAAUGAUGGUCCAAUUUGGAUUUUCUGGCGGUUAUGAAGAGUUUGAAAGUGGUUGGGAGGAAAAGAUCUCCAAACUUUUUCCAUCUCUUCAAAGCAUUAAAAUCAUCUUCAGUAUAUUCUCAAAUCUCUCAAAUCUCUGUAAUUCGUUUCCCAAUCUUCGAACCUUGGAUAUUUCUUUCGUGAGUGAUCUAUCAACUCUGGAAGGAAUCAAAAAUUUGAAACACCUACAAAAACUGGUGAUGCGUAAUGCAGAACUCGAAGAAAUUCAUGGAUACAAAGAGUUGGCCGAAUUGAAGAAUUUGAGAUAUUUGGAUGUUUCGGGUUGUGACGAUGAUCCCGAAAUAAACAUUAAUGUGAUUGGAAGCCUAUUGGCGGCUGAAGUCCGAAUGCAAAACUUGGAGUUUCUGGAUUGUUCGAUGACAUUCUUCGUGGAUCAUGAACUGAAAGAAUUCGUUGAGCAUCAUCCAAAAUUAAAGACGGUUGUGGCUAUAUGUAUGUUUUAUUUUAUUAUUUAG